UUUGAUACUUCAAAGAAACUACAACUUCCUUAUUCCCUACGGCAUGGUGAGAUUUAAUACGCAUAGCCUCUACACCUCCAAACCCACUCCCUCCAUCCUCUCAACAUCCAAUCAAAUACUGAAAAUGACAAAUAUCUACUAGAAUUUUUUUAAAUUAUUUCACAAAUCAAGUUUUGGCUUUUCCUUCUCCUAUUUCUUCCACCUUCUUUCUUCAAUGUCUUCCAGCAAGACCAAACAAAUGUUUAAGGCCAUAUUUACAGCUAAUGGAGGAUGUGGAUGUGGGAAGCCAAAGCCUAAUGAAGUAAUUGAGCCAAAACCAAAGGGUAAAGCCUCAAGCAAUACACCUAUUUAUCACUCUUCUUCAAGCUCCUGGGAUAGAGGAGGUGGUGGAAACUCCAUCGAUGAUACUUCCACAACGUUAACACAUUGUUCUGAGCAGGAUCAAUUCAAUGUUCCAAGCAGCUCUAAAAUGGUCAGUCCACUGCCCAAAUUUGGUGAUAGUGUUGCAGUUGUCAAGGAGUCUGACGACCCUUAUCAAGAUUUUCGCCAAUCAAUGCUACAAAUGAUUCUUGAGAAAGAAAUCUACUCAAAAGAUGAUCUACAAGAGCUUCUCAGCUGCUUUCUUCGUCUUAAUUCUCCUUCUCAUCAUGAAAUCAUUGUCAAUGCCUUUAUGGACAUCUGGAAUGGGGUUGUCUCCGAGAAAUCUGAUCCCGCAAACAAGCAGAAAAAUCAGCAACAAGAAAUUCAAUGUCAUGGUGGAAUAAACAAAUUAGUAUGAUAUGAAGACCUUUAUGGAUAGAUAAAGGUUGAAUGGUAUCUUCCCUUUUUUCUUCUGGUACUACUAAUAUGGUGUUGGUCAUUAGUGUAGCAGAAUCGGAACUGUUAGUACCAGCUAUGAUGAUGGUGGGAAGAAGUUAGAUGAACUGAUGAAAAGAGUUAAAUGCAAUGUAGUAAUGAAACAAGACAUGGAAGUAAGGAGGAGGCAAGAGCUUUAAUGCUCUGAUCAGAUGAUGAAAAGAAGUUUAUGACAGAAAUCUUUACUGUAUUCUCUUUCUGGAAAUUUUCUGACUAUCCAAAAGUUUCCAGUUUGAUGACAUUUAGUGCAAGCUAUGUAUUAUUAUUGGUGCCAAGUAGUUGGCUAUGAAUGGUCUUCAUUUAUGCUCAUCCUAUUCUUCUUGCGGGUUGUGCAUCUUUAA